AUGACGACAGCAACACUUGAAGGGGUGAUGAAGACUUGCAGCCUAAGAGAGGUUUCACGGACGAUGGUGACGACUCGGACCAGGAGAUCGACGGCGACGACGAGCUGUGGCGGCAGAGCUGAGAAGACGUUGCGUCGGGAUGCUUUCUCGACGACUGCGUCUCACGGGAGAAGCUCUACGGCGGUCAACGGGAGCUGUGGCUUCACGGUCGGCGUCGGAAUGAGCAGCAGGGAUGGCGGCGGUUCUCUCGCGAUUCUGGCAGCGAUUCACUACAAGAAAAUUGAGUAA